AUGAGGUCUCUGGAAAUGACGGCACCAUGGCAUGAAGAAGAAGAAGACGUGGAAGUGGAAGACAUGGAAAUCCGGAAACACCAUGAUGGAAGAGACGAUCUCACAGAGUCGAGCAGCGAUGAAGCGACAGGAAGAAAAAGGAGAAAAAAUGGAGGUAGCGCAUCUAGUGGUAGUGCAUCUAGUGGAACGACACUAAGGCGGCGAAAAACGUGUAUUAGUGCGAGAGAGAGAAACUUAAGAAGACUGGAAAGCAACGAGAGAGAAAGAAUGAGGAUGCAUUCCCUAAAUGAUGCGUUCGAGCAACUCAGAGAAGUCAUUCCACACAUAAAAAUGGAGAGGAAACUAUCCAAAAUAGAAACAUUAACAUUAGCAAAAAAUUAUAUAAUGGCAUUAACAAAUGUUAUUUGUGAUAUGCGAGGAGAAGAGAAGCACUAUACAUUCGUCCAAGACGUAGAUAGCGACGCAGAAUUAGAGUCAACCACCACCUUAGAGGACGAGUCCAGUAGGGAACAGAAUAACAACAGUAUGUUCCAAGAAAAUCUGGAAUCUCCAACAGACGACCCAAUGGUUAAUUCGCGUUGA